UGAGCCUAGCUAGAUGGUAAAUAGCGCGUAAUCCAAAAGGCCGGGGAUGAUUCAACAGCGGUCUAAAGAGUGGUCGCGAAGCGUCGAUACAAGCGGAGCUACCGUGCGGCGCUGCACUGGCCCUCUACACUCGGCGGUCCUUGACGCUGAGGCCUGGACGGUCGCUCUCCGCGCCUGCCGCCGGUCGACGAUGUCGUUAUCUCGCGCGCCAGGGGCUGGCGUCGCUCACCCGCGACGAUAAGGGCGAGACUCCGACGUCGCAGGGAGUGUGAGACGACGGAAGCUUCGGAGAAAGGCGCGAAGCCCCGUCGGCGAAAGUCGAGGGUUGUGUGAACGGAAAGCUUCGGCACGGAGCUCCUGUGUCACUGAAUGACUGGACGCGCGACGACGCCGGGACCAGCGGAUUCUUCGUGAUCGUCCGCGGGAUCACGAGCACGGAGUCACGGACCGGCGAGGCGGCCUCGCGUCGACCACCAGCGGUUGCGCGCGGUCUGGAAUGGACCGACAGCAGCAGCAGGAGUCUUCUAGCAUGCGUACGACAUGCAAGGGUCACGGCGAAGGACGAAGCCGUGUAUGCCGACCGUGGUCCGUGAGGCGUCGCCGCAACCGCUGCUUCCGCGUGGGGCCGCGACGUGCGGACGGCAGCGGAGACAGCGACGACGCCUCGAGGUCGUCGCCGCUGACGCCGUGGCCCUCCGGCGACCGGGAAGACCAGUCCGAAGGCGCGUCGUACCCUCGCGAGGCCCUGUCCUCGCUCGAGUCCCUGUGGCGCGACCGCAAGCUGUGCGACGUCGAGAUCGACGCGUCCGGCGAAGGCGUCGUCCAGGCGCACAGAGUGGUGCUUGCGGCCGCCAUUCCGUACUUCCGGGCCAUGUUCACGAGCAACCUGCGCGAGUCGCAGACGCACCGGGUCUCCAUCAAGGACGUAGGGCUGCGCGCCAUGGAGCUCAUAGUGCGCUUCGCGUACACCGGCCGCAUCGAGGUCGACGAGAGGAACGUCUGCCAGCUGCUGCUCGCCGCCAACAUGCUGCAGGUGCAACGCAUAACGAACGCCUGCUGCAGAUUCCUCGAGCGCCAGCUGGACCCUUCGAACUGCAUCGGAAUCGCCGAGUUCUGCCAGCAGCACCACAUACGCGACCUGCAAGACCGCGCCGAGCGCUUCGCCGAGCAGCACUUCUCCAUGGUGUGCCGGCUGGACGAGUUCCUGUCCCUGCCAUGGUCCCGGCUCAUCGAGCUGCUGCGCAGGGACGGCCUGAACGUGCAUAGCGAGAUCGAGGUGUACGAGGCGUUGGUGCGCUGGGUGCGCCACGACGAGCGCCAGCGCGCCGGCGACCUCGAGAGUGCCCUCAGGAAAGCCGUGCGCUGCCACCGGCUCGCGCCCAGCUUCCUGCGUCGCCAGCUUGCCCACUGCGCCCUCCUGAGGGACAGCCCCGGCUGCGCCGACUACCUCGCAGACGUCGUACGGGACCUGACCCUGCACCGCGGCUGCAGCUGCUGCGACGAGCGGUGCCCCAGCGUCCCGUCGCUGCUCUACGUGGCCGGGGGCUACCUGCGCCGCUCGCUGAGCACGGUGGACUGCUUCAGCGCCGAGUCCGGUUCGUGGAGCGCGCUGCCGCCGCUGCCCCUGGAGAGGAGCGGUCCCGGAGGCGCCUUCCUCGCGGGCCUGCUCUACGUGGUCGGCGGACGCUUGCUCCGGCCGCCGCCCGAGAUGGGAGAGGACGUGGCGGUGGUCCACUGCUUCGACCCGGCGCGCAACGGCUGGAGCGAGCGCUGCCCCAUGGGCGAGCCCCGGCACAGGCUCGGGCUCGCCGUGCUCGACGGACUGCUCUACGCCGUGGCGGGAUCGCACGGGACUAACUGCCUCAGCAGCGUCGAGAGGUACGACCCGUCGACGAACGCGUGGACGAGCGUGGCCGGCUUGUCCCUGGCUCGGUACGGCCUCGGCGCGGCCGUGGUUCGUCGGCGACUGUACGCCGUGGGCGGCUGCGACAGCGCCACCAAGUUCGGUCUCGUCGAGCGGUACUGCCCGGAGCAGGACCGCUGGGACGUCGUGGCUCCCCUCAAAGUGCCCCGCAGCGGAGCAGGAACCGUCGCUUUUGGCAAGCACAUCUACGUCAUUGGUGGCUAUGAUGGUCAAGGCCAGGUCAGCUCUGUCGAGCGCUACGACACAGACCUCGACAUCUGGGAGAUGGUGGCUCCCCUAAACACACGAAGAAGCGCCCUCAGUGCUGCCGUCUUGGACGGCAAGAUCUAUGCCUUAGGUGGCUAUGAUGGCCAGGAGUACCUGUCGACCGUGGAAGUCUAUGACCCCGCAACGAAUGUGUGGACGACGGGGCCACCCAUGCCUUCUUGCAAGAGCGGCCAGGCAUCGUGCUCUUCCCCGGCACCUUGUGUGCUCCAUAAAGUCUUAUGACACCGAGGCAACCUAUAUACUCCCCCUCACUGUAACUUGGCAUAAUGUGAAUGCUACGCAGGCAAAUGAGUAAACAAGACCAUGGCAUGAA